UUUUCAGCUACCAUGUCCAAUUUGGUUGAACCCUCCGGUGAAACCCUAGAAGACGAUCGAGCGACCGAAGAAUGGGAGGCGAAAGCUCGAUCCUGGCUCUCCGACAGGGAAGAGAUCACUACGCCGACCUCCACUGAAGUCGACGAUUGGAUUCAGUCCAAUCAGUCUUACUUGCCGGACGAUGUGAAAUCGAUGAAUAAAGAUCAUUUGUACGAUCUAAUUAUCUCUCUUCAUAAGAGCAAUGAUUCUCCUAUUGAGGAGGUGAAAGAUGCAGGUAUAUUGGAUCUUAAUCCAGCUCGUUUUCAACGAACUGAUCAAUGGUUACCAGUCUAUUCUUGGUUGGAGUCAUUAGACAGAGAUGAGGCUGUGAAAUCGAAAGAUAUUCUGGAUUGGCUAACCGAGAAUCCAGAGAUUAGAGACCAAUUGUAUUCUAGGCAUUCACGUUAUCAUUUGAUGCAUUAUAUCAAGAAAUGCCAUGCCAAAAUCUUGAAGAGAAAAAAGGGCUUCACACCAUCAGCGAAAGCAAUCUCCUUUAAAUUGAAGAAAAAAGGAACCAUCAUCAAUGCACCUUCUCCAUAUCCAUGCGCUACUAGCGUGAACAAUAUACCUAAAGAUAGUGAAUUGUAUUUGAUGAAACACAACGAGGCUAGUCGAAAAUAUGAAAUCCUUACCGAGUUGCAGAAACAACUUUCCAUCAUCUUCCCCAAUGCAACAAGAAACCCUAACAAGACGGAAAUGAAUUCAUGAUUCUAUGUUCUUAAUCUUCGAGCACACCGAAUAAUAUGGGGGACAUGUCUAAAGAUUAGAAUGAAGCUGUACAGGCGAAUGUGAACUCAAUAUUGGGCUUGGUGUUAUGGUUUGAAAAUUGUUAGUAUUCAAAUAUUUUAUUGUCGAAUUCUAUUUAUCAUAUAUAUAAUGAAAGUUUCUUAUUGU